AUGGGCGUAUCAACAGGCACAAUUGUUUGUACUGGUCCACCGACAAUCCGCAUAUCACCAUUGAAAAAGAAUUGGCUUGGUGUUUGCUCCUUCGGAAUCGUCGGGCCCUACUUUUUCGACUCAACUGUCACAGUGGUUGCAUACCUCGAUUUGUUGAUGGAACUGCGCGAAGAACUCAAUAAUAACCCGGAGUUUGCUGGUCACUGUUUAACUCUUCAACAAGAUGGCGCUCCAUCGCAUUACGCUGUAGUCGUUCGCGAAUUCCUCAAUAACUUUUUCCCGGAUUGGAUUGGUAGAAGAGGUCAAAUCGAAUGGCCUUCACGUUCUCCGGACCUGAUUCCCUUAGAUUUUGCCGUGUGGGGUAUUUUGAAGGACAGGGUGUUCAAAAAUCAAUUACCGGAUAUCGAGACCAUGAAAAACAUCAUAACUGAUGAAGUCGCCCAAAUGAAUGAUGAGAAACCUUUACUGAAGCGCAUCUGUAAAGUCGUUAAAAAGCGAUGUCUGAAGUGCAUCGAAGAAGAUGGAGGGCACUUUGAACACAAGCUGUGA